UGCUGGGAAGCUCAGACGCCGCGCGGGCGGGGAUUGGUCCGUUCGCUUGUAGUGCAGCUCCCCGAGGUGCGCGGCGGCCUUUCGCGGGCCACCUGCUCGCUCCGCCGGCGCGGGGAGUCCUCGCGGCGCUCCCUCCAGCUUCCUCGUCCGCGGGGAAAGGGCUGGGUCGUCCCGUCUCCGGACCCCGACAGGACCCCGCGUCGAACCGCUGAGCCGUCGCAGGGCGAGAUGAGCGCGGACGCGGCGGCCGGGGCGCCCCUGCCCCGGCUCUGCUGCCUGGAGAAGGGUCCGAACGGCUACGGCUUCCACCUGCACGGGGAGAAGGGCAAGGUGGGCCAGUUCAUCCGGCUGGUGGAGCCCGGCUCUCCGGCCGAGAAGGCGGGGCUGCUGGCCGGCGACCGGCUGGUGGAGGUGAACGGCGAGAACGUGGAGAGGGAGACCCACCAGCAGGUGGUGAGCCGCAUCCGCGCCUCGCUCAACGCCGUGCGUCUGCUGGUGGUCGACCUGGAGACGGACGAGCGGCUGCAGAAGCUGGGCGUCCAGAUCCGGGAGGAGAUGCUCCGCGCCCAGGAAGGGCCCGGACAGGCCGAGCCGCCGGCCGCCGUCGAGGCGAAGGGGGCUGGCGGCGAAAAUGAGCCGCAGGCCGCCACGCCGGAACCCCGCGAGUCCGAGAAGAGCCACCCCGAGCGGCGUGAGCUUCGGCCUCGGCUCUGCGCCAUGAAGAGGGGUCCCAACGGCUACGGCUUCAACCUGCACAGCGACAAGACCAAGCCAGGCCAGUUCAUCCGGUCAGUGGACCCAGACUCCCCCGCCGAGGCCUCGGGGCUCCAGGCCCAGGACCGUAUCGUGGAGGUGAACGGCGUCUGCAUGGAGGGCAAGCAGCACGGGGAUGUGGUGUCUGCCAUCAAGGCUGGCGGCGAGGAGACCAAGCUGCUGGUGGUGGACAAGGAGACCGAUGAGUUCUUCAAGAAAUGCAAAGUGAUCCCGUCUCACGAGCACCUGCAUGCUGAACUCCCAAGACAGUCCCAAGAAGCAGGACUCCGCAGCACCCUCAUCUACCUCCUCCUCCGACCCCAUCCCAGACUUCAACAUCUCCCUGGCCGUGGCCAAAGAGAGGGCCCACCAGAAGCGCAGCAACAAACGGGCCCCGCAGAUGGACUGGAGCAAGAAAAACGAACUCUUCAGCAAUCUCUGAGCGCCUCCUCGCACCACCCAGCAAGCUGGAAGGGCUGGGCCCCCAUCCCACCCAACCCCCCCCUCCUCCCCACUGACCCCCUGAAUGGCAAACAAAUCAGCACCAGCAGCCCCCUCUUGGCAAAUGUGAUUCUUCUAGAGAACUGUUGAUUGAUCAAGGACCGGGAUUGCAGCGGCCACAGCAUUUCAAGCGCUGUGGGUUGAGUAUCUUAUUUUUGUUCGUUGGAUUUUUUUUUUUUUUUUGAGUUCAGAGUAGAGGGAUUUUUGUCUCCUGAUUAACAUGAUUUUCCAGGUUGCUGCAUGCAAGACAUAGCAGCGGCCUCAGCCUUAGACUUUCUUGUUUCUACUCCCACCACAGAAACCCUGGCAGGUGGGGGAGGGUUUGGCCACUCCCUGGCCAGCCCUGAGCCAGGCACCACCAUUGUAAGGAAACUCCACCAGAAAUUCAACUGGUUUCUCCAAA